GGACAUCGAAACCCCCCUGGGUCAGAGUGGACAUCGUAACCCCCCCGGGUCAGAGUGGACAUCGUAACCCCCCGGGUCAGAGUGGACAUCGUAACCCCUCAGGUCAGAGUGGACAUCGUAACCCCUCAGGUCAGAGUGGACAUUGCAUCUUCCGGGGAACAGAGUGAAUAUCCUGCAUCUGCAGUAAUUUACUCCUACAUCGUAUCCCCCUGGAGUCGGAGGGGACAUUAUAUAGACCAACACUGACUCCCUCAGCUGGCACUGUUCCCUUGCCUAUCAGUGAUUCUGGUAUUGCUUACCUAUCCUGCGUUGACACAUCAAUCUUCUGCGCAUCCAUUCACAUGUCUGUCAGAGGUGACAGCGAUUCACCCAGCACUAACUGAUAUCAAUCUUCUGAGACCAAUUGGCAGUGAGUCCCUUAACAAUAAUUUGCAUGCCAUAGGUUUGUCUGGCAAGAGAGUAGACACGAUCUCAGCUGCAACUGGUUGGCAUCAGAACGAUGCCCAGGAACCGUGCGUUUUCAGAGCCAGAGUACUCAGCAGAAUGUUCAGUCAGCCUGCCCUCUGACCCUGAGCAGGGUGUGGAACGGAGCCGAGAGGUGACAGUCAGGAGUUCAGGAUGUUGCCUCUGCCUCCCCCGUUUCAUGAGACUGACCUUUGUCCCUGAUUCCUUGGAGAACCUGUACCAGACAUACUUCCGUCGUCAGCGACAUGAUACUCUCCUGGUGUUGGUGGUCUUUGCUGCACUAUUUGACUGUUAUGUCAUCAUCACAUGUGCCGUGCUGUACUCCAGUGACAAGUUGGCCUCUCUCCUGGUAGCUGGAAUCGGAUUGGCUGUCCACCUCCUCCUCUUCAUCUUGUGUAGGUUUGGACUUGUCCCAGAUAAAAUUUCCCAGAAGGUCAUUCCAUACAGCCUCUGGGUCCUCAUUGCCGCUCAGAUCUUCUCCUACCUGGGCCUGAACUUCUCCCAUGCUCAUGAGGCCAGUGACACGGUGGGCUGGCAAGCUUUCUUCACCUUCUCCUUCUUCAUCACCCUCCCACUGCAGCUGACACCCAUUGUCCUCAUCACCAGCACCACAUGUGGGGUUCACACGCUUGUCCUGGGGGUCACCAUCGCCCAGCAACAACAGGAAAAAAUCAACAGUGCAGCCCUGGUGCAGCAGCUAUUGGCUAACAUGAGUAUCUACCUGUGUGCCAUCACUGUGGGGACCAUGUCUUACUACAUGGCAGAUCGCAAACACCGCAAAGCAUUCCUGGAGACCCGACAAUCUCUGGAGAUUAAACUCAACCUGGAGGAACAGAGCCAGCAGCAGGAACGUCUCCUUCUGUCAAUCCUACCAAAGCACAUUGCAGACGAGAUGUUAAAUGACAUGAAAAAGGACAAAGAGUCAAAGGAGCUACAGCAAUUCAACACCAUGUACAUGUACCGACAUGAGAGAGUCAGCAUCCUGUUUGCUGAUAUUGUUGGAUUCACUCAGUUGUCAUCCACCUGCAGCGCACAGGAACUGGUCAAACUUCUCAAUGAACUCUUCGCUCGCUUUGAUAAACUGGCAGCGAAAUAUCAUCAGUUACGGAUCAAAAUCCUGGGUGAUUGUUACUACUGUAUCUGUGGCUUACCAGACAAUCGGGAUGAUCAUGCAGCGUGUUCGAUUCAUAUGGGCUUGGCUAUGGUCGAUGCCAUCUCGAGAGUGCACAUUUCAGAAAGCACCUGUAACUGUCUGAAUGGAGAGUUUGAGCUUGAACCAGGAGAAGGGGAGAAGAGGAAUGAGUAUUUGCGGGAAAAGGGGAUCACGACAUACCUGGUGGUUGUGGCAAAAUCUGCGGCUGUCAAGAAUGGGAUCAAUGGAGUGAAGUUGUCUCUCACAUCAUCCAAUGGAAACUCACCCCUGUUGAUCAACACCACAGACUGUAAUGGCAGUCUACAUACCAACUGCACCACACCUGAUGACCCAGAGGAGCUUGAUACACGGGUGGUUAACCCUUCGUUUCCAAACCCUCGGAGGCGCCUGCGAUUGCGUGAUAUAUCGGAACAGGUGACUGAUGCUCAACAAAACCAACUGGAGCUGAAUCGCUUAUUGAAUGCAGCAUUGUUAGAGCGAGAGACUGUGCAGGCGUUGAAAGGGAAAUCCACAAACCGUCUCUCGAUGCGAUUCAUUGACCCUGAGCUGGAGAGCCGCUUCUCACUGGAGAGGGAGAAACAGAGUGGAGCAGCUUUUAGCUGUUCCUGUGUGGUCCUCUCCUUCACCUUCGUGGUGCAGCUUCUCAUUGACCCCGGACUGCUGGUGAAUUACGUCACUUUCGUUGUGGGGGAAAUUCUGCUCUUGAUCCUCACCCUAUGUUCCCUGGCUGCCAUCUUCCCCAGGGUCUUUCCCAACAAACUAGUUUUCUUCUCAACAUGGAUUGACCGGACACGCUGGGCCAGGAACAUCUGGGCAAUGGCUGCUAUCCUCAUCCUCACUGCUGUAGAUAUUGUAGACAUGGGCAGCGUCCCAAACAAUAACAACCCUGUGAGAGAGGAAAUGCCUCCUCAUCCCUGUCUUAAAGGAGAGACCACUUCUUUUGCAUCUGUGCAGUUUCAUCCAAAAGGAAACAUCUUCCCAGCAUCGACCCUGUCCACCUCACAAUCUUGUAUGUUUCAAUAAGAUCACCUCUCAGCC